AUGGAUAAUCACAAACCAGCCGAUAAUCUGGUCAUUCGAAGUUUCAGAGUGCAAUUUGACAAUGUCACGGUGUCGACGCAUCCAGAUUGGGCCCAGUUGGAUGCUGAAAUCAAAGAAUUAAACGGCGAUUCUACACUCGAUUUCUACUUGAACAUUUUGAAAACAGUUAACCAUCCGAAGGUAAUUUUAUUAUUCAAUAUCAUUUAUUCAAUGAAUUUCCAUAUCCAUUUGCUUUGUCUCGUUGAAAAGAUUCGCGUUUAUUUGAGUUCGAAUUCAACGUUCAACCCGGACACCGAUACAGAGGAUUCAGUGGAAAUAUUCAACAAAACCAUGAACUUGUGCCAAUUGAUGGCAUCAAAAAAGGUGGAUCCUCUGCUUAAGGUGGCUUUUUCGAAAAUAUUGAAAAAUGGAACGUGGUUCACUUCAUGUCCAAUCCGAAAAGGACGCUACUAUCUGCAACACUUUCGUAUCGAUGAGGAGAAUUUUCCAUCGUAUUUGCCGGAAACCGAUUUUUUGGUUCAAGUCGAACCGAAAUCUGGCCGAACAUCAUUCUGGAACGUAACACUGAAUGGGCGAAUAGAUAAAAGCAAAGCAUUGGAUGAUUUUAAAUUUUUUUUACCAUGGGCUAAAAGGUUUUACGAUUUCCAAGGAAAAUUCCAAAUGCCAGGUUGCACAAAUCAGUUGAGAGCCGCACAAUACUCCCAACAAUGA